AUGGGUAAAAGAAAAUAUAAGGAUGAUGAGGAAUCUACUAAAAGACCUAAAAAAUCAAGCGAUACAGAGGACGAAAGCGGACCACCUCAACCGGAACAAAACUACUUGAAAAUUCAACCUAAUUUUGAUAUUAAACAUUUUCGAAAAGAAUUAGCAGAAAAGCAGGGUCAAACCAUGGCUUUAACACAAUUUCUGCAAGUGUGCCUCAACCCUGACAGUGAUAUGGAUUACUUAGCAGAAUAUCUCAGAGUUGGUGGUAAUUCACAUGAAAUAUUGAGGCAAAUAUCUUCAGAAAAUAAGAAAAAUUUAUCUUUGGCUACACCAACAUUUCAUAUUUUUCACCUCUUAAUUGUCAAAGUACAAUCCUCCAUGCCUCAUAUGAUAACAAUUACAGAAGAAGCUUGCCGCUAUUUUCUAAAUACUUUUAUCCCAACUGUUGAGAUAAUGAUUAGUGAAAAUUCUGGACCACGACAUAGGAAAAUAAUUUUAAAUCUUUUGACAUCUAUGGUCACUCUCAGCUCAGAUUUAGGUGUUGAAGUUCUUAACCAAGUACCAUUAACACCUAAACAUCUUCAAUAUAUAGUGGAAAAACCUAAUUAUAAAGAAAAAGACAAUGUUAGAACUGCAUUUGUACAUUUUAUGACAUCGUUUCUUGUUGACUGUCAUUUGCCUCUAAUUAAAGCUCUAUUAGAGAAACAAGGUCUUCUUCCAUUAGUCAUUCCUGGUUUAAUACAAGAUGAGUCUGAUGCGGUACUCAUGUUUUUAAGUAUCUUGAAAAAAAAUGUCAUAGAAAAUCCUUUGAUUUCAAAAACACUGAAGUUAAAAAUGUUUAGUCAUCAAGUUCUACAUAAUUUAUUUAAAAUGUUUAGUUGGAAGGGACCUCCAGAGUUGAGUGUUGAAGCAAAAAAUGAGGUACGACCGGAAAUAAUGGUGUUGUUGUCUAAUAUAAUAACUACAUUGUUUACUUCACACAAGCUCGGUUUAUACUUUGUCGAUACCUAUGUUGGAACAGGUGACACAAAUAAAAAUCAAAACUUGUAUAAAGCUAUGCUAAGUUUAAAAAGACCCUGGGAGAAUAUUUACGAAUGUGAUACAGUCCUUGAAAUUAUCUAUAAAUGUCCAGACUUACAUAGAGCCAUUAUACAUGUCAUAGAGCAAAGUUUUGAACCACAACAUUCACCCAUAUGGGAGAGAGCUACGGAAUUCACAAUUAAGCUUUUAGACAAAUUGAAACCAGAGGAUAUGUUGCCAAGGUUAUAUAAUUUAAAUACAAUGCAAACAGUCAAUUUUAUUAGGUUUAUUACACUACCUGUGCCCUUAUUGAAGUUCAUUCAGGCAAAUUUUGGUAAAGAUCAUACCAUUUCUCUAUAUUGCAUUAAAGUAUUAGUAAAAAUGCUACAUUCACUAAAAAGAUACAUGACGAUACUUAACUUGCGAGAAGCCCAAGAGAUUCUUGUUGAAAUGAGAAGUAAACUCGAGUACUUCAUACCUAAACAUGUUCCAGUUCCAAGCACUAUAAUUUCCUUAAUAAAUGAUAUAACAAAUGGUGUAGGAGGAGCAGAAUCAUCUCAAGAUUAUAAAUUACCAAAGGUAAACACAUCGGAUUCACUCUUGGGAUUAAUAGACACAUUGCUAUUGUAUAAUUACGUACAUCCUUCAUUUUUCGAGUCUUUAGAGAGUAGUAUAGAUAUGAAAACAAUAUUAGAUUUUACAAAGACUUUACGAGAAGGGCAAGUAUCAUUGCUGAAGUUCAAAGUAGUAUCAUUGUGGCUGACUUUGGAUCAAUCUGCACUUUCCUUGAAAAAUCCAAUGUUUAAGGACCUAUUUCUCAUUAUGUUAGAAGUAUUUACAUCCGAAGAAAGAAAUAUAUGGAUGGAGGCUAAAGAAACAUUGCAAGAAUUUCUCAAACAAACAGAAAUAUAUGAAUCAGAUGAAGAUGAAAUACAAUUAUUGUUGUAUUCUUUAAGAAAAUCUAAAGUUGAGCCAAUAUCUUUGGUGGCGGACGUAGUGGAAUAUGUGAUGCAAAAUAAGAAGGACCUCAUAGAAUACAUUCGAAAUCAGAUGAUUAAUUUCGAAAUUGCGGAUGAAGAUACGGCAUCUAAUUUGGAUAAACUGUUCACGGAUCUAAUGAACAAUCAAAACACCGAGGACAGUAUGUUUUUGGAAAACAAAAUGCCUUCGCCAUUUAUAAUUGGUUGCAUACAGUUUAUCCAAGGAAACAAAGAAGCCAAGAAGAGUUUAAAAAGUUUCUUAUCAGUAUACAUUGCUAAUUUAAUGCAUUGCAACUAUUCUCCUGAAUUGUCUGAAGUUCUAAUUGGUGACUCGAAAUUAGAAGUCAGAAGCUAUGUGACCGCUUGCAUGUUAAAUCUGAUAGAGUUACCUGACUCUAUUGUUAAAGAUGAUGUCCUAUUAAAAUUAUCAGAAUCAAUUGUUAAAGGUGACGUGGUUGACUUUAAAAGUAUCUUUCAAUUUAUAGAAGAUGGCUCCGAAGAUAAUUAUGAUUUAUUAUUAAGUGAUAAAUACUACAAAAUACUACUUCAACAGUCUAUUGAUGAAUCGGAGUUGUUCAUGUGGGCCAAAUAUUUAAUGUUCUGUAUGGUGAGACUAUCAAAAGUGGAUCAAUUGACAGAAGUUAAUAUGCAAAAGAUCACUCACUAUUUUCAAAUUUUUAUUGCUACUGGAAGACAACAACAUUUAUUAAUCACUUGCAGAAGAAUAUUGUUAAAUUUGUUUAAGAAUGCUCAUUUUUUAAAAAUGUUUAAGGCUGUCGACAUGACUAAGAAGUCUUACAUCUUGACAACUGAGUUUAUGCUGCAGAUGAUUGUUCAAAAUAAAGAUAUAAUCGGUUACCUUGACCAAAACCACUACAUUUUGAAGUCUUAUCAGCAAAAAACUUACACAGAGAUUAUUAAAGCUUUUGUCAAAAUUAAUAAAAGAAAGAAUGUUAAAAGUGAUCACACAAUCAGAGUCUUAGAAGUUGUCGGCUUUUCUAAGGAAAAUGAUAAUCACAUUUUUGAAAAGAUUUUUGAAGCAGAUUUAGAAUCAUGUGUCAACGAUGACAAAGAACCGACCCUUAUUGUGGAGGUUCUUAGAAUCCUAUUAAAUAAAUAUUCUCUAAGCAUAUCAUUAGAGCUAAACCCAGAGGUAGUCGUAAAAACAAUAAUAUUAUAUUGCAAUCUGAUCACAAACAAAGCCUUAGCUGCAAAUGCAACUAAACUGGAAAUGGCCCUCGCUACUUAUUUCGAGAAUAAACCUCAUCACGCAACACUUAUUACGGAUGAAGUAUUCAAAAAGUUUUUCAAUGCCUUUGCGAUACGAAAAACUACGGCAAAUUUGGCGGCAAUAAUAUUAAGGCUUAAUGGAAAAUUGCAUAAAGUUUUUUCUGAUGAGUUAAAUAGAGAAGAAAUAUUAAAUCAAAGAGAACUCACAUUACCCCUCGCCAAUGAAGUUUUUUCAAAUCACCAAUUUCUUAACGAACAUCCAGAUUUUUUAGUUAAAUUGUACAAUGAAUAUAAGUCUAAUAUAAAUAAGUAUCUAGAAAAACCACAUAAAGCUGGACAAGUUUAUAUGCAAAAUUGGAAAUUGUUAAGAAAACUUGUGACUGAAUGUAUGAUAAAGGAAGAUUGCCAAAAACUGUUUUCAAAGAUCAACAAGUUUGAACUACUGGAUGCCAAUCACGUGCAGAUUGUUCAAACCGCUUUGUUGAAAUUAUACAUUAUCGACGGCGAAGAAAAGCACGAAUAUUACUGCAAUUACAUUUUAUCUAUGCUUCAUGUAAUGGUCACAUGCUUCAAAGAUGAAAAACUUGAAAAUUUAGACACAGUCGUCUCCCUCGUUUACAGUACUACACAAGUGAGCAACAUAAAAAUAAGCGAGAAUAAAGAAGACUUGAAAAAAAUCGUAGAUAGCGCGAUUUGGAAAAACUUUUGCAAAAGUGUUUUGAAGAAUAGCUUAAAAGUUAAAACUGCCGAUCAGGCCAAUGUCCUAGGCCCCAAACUUUUAUGUCUCUUGACAACAUUGAUCAAGAUGUUAUACCCACCGAAUCAUACGGAGAUCGUAGAUAUAUUCGACAUGUUAACAUCUCAUUCGGAGUUUCUGAAUGUCAUGUUGAGUCAUCACAGCUUGGAUGUCAAAUCUAGAUUGUUGCAACUUCUCUUCUGCCUGGUCACAUCGAAUAAAACAAUCAUGAAGCCGCAACAGAUUCCAGUGUUUCUGAGCGCAUAUCACGGCACUAAGAAUCCUUCCGAUAGAUUGAUCCUGUGUAUUCUAGAGUUUUAUGAGAGCAACGGUCUACCCGUAAACGAAUACAAACCUUACGUCUGGGGAGACUCGGCAGCGAACUACUAUGCGGUACGAAAAAAACGUACAGCUUCACUUUGGAGCCACCCGACGCCGAAUCAAGUGUUAAACCUUCUCGAUAGAGAAAUUAUAGAAAGAACAAUACGAAAUUUUCCAGUUAAUCAAAAAUUACAUUACUAUUAUGAAUUACCAGAUAAUUGCGAAACCGUUAAACGCACGUCGGCUAAAGCGUUUAUAGAAUAUGAUCGAAAGCAGAAAAUGAAAAUGAACAACAAAACUCAGGAUAACGAAGCGGUACUCGAAGUUGCACUGAGAAAGGAAGAAUAUAAUAAGGUGUUGCAAAAGUUUAAGGAAAAAGAUGCGCUGACUAUAUCGCAGCAAGAUGAUGAUGAUGAAAUUUAUGACCCCGCUUUCCUCUUUCCCCUUUUAAGUCAUUUACUGGCUCCGGGAUCGAUGGCCUCUUGCUUUAAGGUGAUGAGAACUGGUCUCCUAUCGGUGACGCUGAUGGCUCUCAGCUCAUCGUGUCCCUUGAUGCGCGCCGCCGCUUACCACGUCUUGCAUAGGUUCUGCAUGCUUUUGGAGUUAGAAACGAGGCACAAAAACGACAAGCUGCUUCUGACCGACUUCAUAACGACGCUCCGACAGAGCAUCGCGUCGGCCCUCAAAGGCGCACCGAAAGAAGACAAAAUUCUAGGAGAUUUCAAAAAUCCUAGACUACCCUCGGUCGGCGCUCUGUACUUGGCCAGGGCUCUGACGGUGUGCACGGCUCCGUCGGAGCCUCUGUACAAACCGGUCAAUAACUUCCUAAUAGCCAAGCAACACGUAGACCUGACGAUCGUCCCCGAUUUUCUCAGUCUCUUCCACGACAACGAAAUCGAAUGUACCGAGCGAAGGCUGUGGAUCCUGAGCGUGAUGAGCCACGGCAUCAAAACAAUGAAGGACGUGAUCGUCAUCUUCAAGAGCAUGUGCAUUAAAAUGCUUAUGGACUUUUACACCACCGUUCUGUGCGAUAAGAGGACAAAAGCCAACAUAAUUAGCGUCUUCGACUCCAUCGUGUCCAUCCCGCGAGCGCUCGAAAUAUUGAUCGAGGGUCACGGGCUCCUGACCUGGCUGCACUCGAUUAUCUGGUACUUGCGAAAAGACGACAAAAUUGUCGUUCGAGAGAUUCUCAAUAUUUUAAACACCAUCAUAGUGAGCGUGAACGUUAACGCCUUCGGGAAACAGAUUAAGCUGAAUCUCGGGGACGUCAAGGUGAAAGGCGACGAGGAGUACGAACUGCUGAGUAUAGUUUACGACUUGUUAAACUACGUCGACGAGUCGGAUGUCGACGAAGUGACGACGUAUCUCAAACUGUACAACGCCAUCUCCAAACGGACGAUUAAGUUCUUGACGAAGCGUCAGAUUACGAAUAUCUUUAAUAGAUGCAGUCGGAAAUUUAAAGACGAGGAGUGCGUCAAAGUGAUAAUGCAAGGGGUUCAAGCGGAAAAUUCCCAAAUGUUGAGAUCGAAAAUUGUUGAGGAUUCAAAUUGUUUAGUGAGAGAGUUACAUUUGUUGUCCGUGAGUUAUAUAGCUUAA